AUCUUUCUUGGUUCAGGGGCCGUUAGCAACCGGUUGUAAGGCGAGGACUCCAGGUCCGCUUUCGUAUUUACCAGGCCGCAUUUUCCGUCGAGCUCCAGAACGGGGCGGAGCCCUGAGCCCCGGCUGUUUGCGGCCCGGGUGCAAGCGUAUUACGUAAGCGUCUGCUAAGCCCGAUUGGCGGUUCGGAGCGGCGCGGGGUUUGGCGGGAAGUUUGUGGGCUCCGCCGGCGGGCAGAGCGGUCGGCUCGGAUGGCUCCUCGGCGGCGGGUGCGGACCGCCGGACGCGCGAGUGUGAAAUAUUCAAAGAACACUGUAGGAAGAACACAUUCCACAGAAGAUGAAGCUGGCCAACAGCAUAAGCCUGCUGAUGUGUUUGAUUUUCCUGAGAAGUCUGAUACCUCAAGCAUGGGCAGGAUGAGUGAAAACGAGAAAGAUGAAGAACCUUAUGAAAACUUUGAGCCUCCGUUACAUAGCACGGCUAUAUAUGCUGAUGAAGUCGAACUCUCCAAACACUGCAGAUCAUUUAUACCUUCAACUCCUCAAGGAAAAGAAGCAAAAAGAAGUUCGGACACUUCUGACAUUGAAGAAAGUGAAAACGAAUCUGUAAAAAUUAGUGCAAAAAAGCCAAGAAGAAAACUCAAGCCCAUUAGUGAUGACUCUGAAAGCAAUAAGAAAAGUAGUACAAUAAUAAAAGGUAAACCAGCAGAGAAAAAAACUCAGAAAAUGUUACGUACCAAAAGGAAGAAAUCAAGAAGUGAAGACACAGACUCAGAUACUUCUGACGGUGUACGUAUUUGGUGUCUAAAAGGAAAGAGAAGCAGUGACAUCAUGGAGUUAGAUGUUGUUUUGUCUGCAUUUGAGAAAACCCUCCUGGAGUAUAAAAAAAAUAUAGACUCUAAAAUUUGCAAGAAAGCCAUCAAUACAUUUCAUUCUAAUAUAAAAGAUGAACUCAUCAAAAUGCUUGAAAAAAUGACGAUGUUGAAAAGUCUGAAAAGGAAGAAUGCUAAGAUAAUUUCAGAUAUUGAAAAGAAAAGGCAGCGUUUGAUUGAAGUCCAGGAUGAACUGCUUCGGUUAGAACCACAGCUGAAACAACUACAAAUAAAAUAUGAUGAACUUAAGGAGAGAAAAUCUUCUUUUAGGAAUGCAACAUAUUUCUUAUCUAAUUUUAAACAGCUUCAUCAAGAUUAUUCAGAUAUUCGUGAGAGAAACCCAAAUGUAAAGGAAACGUAUGAUUCAUCUAGCCUUCCAGCUCUGUUAUUCAAAGUAAGAACGCUUUUGGGAGCUGAAAGUCAUCUGCAAAAUAUCAACCAUCAGUUAGAGAAGCUCUUUGACCAGAAAUGAGACCAAUCUACUAAAAUGUGCCUCUAUAAA